AUGGCUACCAAAUCGAUCCAACAGCUGCUCAAUCUUCUCAACCCUCCUCCCUCCUCCUCCGUCAAGCCCGACACUCCGGCCACUACAACGACCACCGCAGCCGUCUCACGCCCUCUUCCUCCCCCUACGCCGCCCCCAAACUCCGACGCCACCAUCUUCAUCCCCAGCUACUCCAGCUGGUUCUCCUUCGACGACAUCUACCAAUCCGAGCUCCGAUCCCUACCGGAGUUCUUCAACUCCCGCACGCCGGCCAAGAACCCUAACCUCUACAAGUACUACCGCAACCACAUCAUCAACCACUACCGCUCCAACCCCGGCCGCCGCCUCACUUUCACCGACGUCCGCAAAACCCUAGUCGGCGACGUCGGCUCCAUUCACAGGGUCUUCAAUUUCCUCGAGACUUGGGGUUUGAUCAACUACGCUCCGUCGAUCAAGUCGCUGAAAUGGGAGGAGAAGGACGCCAAGUCCGCCGUCCACGGUGGCGCUCAGUCGCCGAAGCCCGGUGUAAAAGACGCUUCUGCCCCUACCAAGGAUAACAAGCGGAUAUGCAAUGGCUGCAAUUCUCUCUGCAGCAUUUCGUGCUUUGUUUCUGGGAAGUAUGAUAUGACUCUAUGUGCGAGAUGUUAUGUUCGAGGGAACUACAGGAUUGGUGUGAAUUCAUCGGAUUUCAGAAGGGUCGAGAUUAGUGAAGAGAGUGGGGAUGGUUGGACAGAUAAGGACACAUUGCAUUUGCUAGAAGGGCUUAUGCAUUACAGUGAUGAUUGGAAGAAGGUUGCACAGCACGUUGGUAGAAGCGAGAAGGAAUGUGUGGCGCACUUUUUGAAGCUUCCGUAUGCUGAUAAGCCGGUAGAUGAUUUGGAUUCAGAGAGGUUGGAUGGUGGUGGUGUGAGUCCGGUGAAGGAGGGGAAUGGGGAUGAUGAGGUUGGUUUGGAGAGUAAGAGGAUGCGUCUCACCCCUCUUGCGGAUGCCAGCAAUCCGAUUAUGGCUCAGACUGCGUUUUUGUCUGCUUUGGCGGGUGUCAAGGCUGCUGAAGCCGCUGCUCAUGCUGCUGUGACGACCCUUUCUGAGGCGGAUUAUGAAACAAGUAGGAUGAGUGUUGGACCUUUGGGUGGGAAUGGAGGUGGAGGUGGAGGUGAUGCUGCGUCGAAUGGAGACACUGAAGCCAAACUGAAUGCAAUGGGAGGUGCUUUUGUGGAUGCGAAUUCAGAGCUGGAGAAGGAAGGGCUGGGUGUGGAGAGAGCGAUUACUGGGAUUACAGAGGUGCAGAUGAAAGAGAUUCAAGAUAGGAUUGUUCGCUUUGAGGAGUUAGAUUUGCAGUUAGAGAAAGAAAAACAACAACUGGAGCAGAUGAAGUCGAUGCUGUUUGUGGAUCAGCUAACACUUUUGUCUCAUAAAAGAUCUGCACCUAAAACCAAAAGCUAGAAUAGGGAUGCAGUAGUAGAAUGCAAAAACGGAUGGACUUUUCGUUGUUAAGUGUAUGUUCUUCUCAGAAGACACGUGUUAGUAUUAUUAGCAGUGUACUAAGAACUCGUCGUAUUCAAGGAGAGAUAACUUGGAUUCUCAUCACUGAUUUUCUGCUCCAUAUGUCUGCGUUGCUUGUGGAUACCUGACUGCAAGUAGGCUACACUAUUCAUGCCUGAAAUUUAUUUUGAGCAGAUAUGCUGUUUCUAUGUAGUGUUUCAUUUCCUGUUAUGUGUGAAUUACGUUCUUGUGCACAUCUUUGAGCAGCCGUACUUUCAUCAAUGGAAAUUUACAAGUUACUGGUAUAUGAGUUUUGGCCUUAACUGCUUAGGUUUCACAUAAUGCAUGAAAUUUUAUGUUACUCCUGUCCAGAGCCUGAAGUACUCUGCUUUACUAUGCCAGUCUACAAGUUGAAUUUAACACGAUAGUGUAAACUGGGCAACUUCAACACAUUCUUGAGCUUAAACUAUAAUUCAUAACAAGCACGUUCAUGCCAGAACCAGAAUUCUGUCACAGUAAGUUUUUUGCC